AUGCCCAAGCUCGCCAGCGCCUACAUCCAAGCUCGCAACCCGGGACCAAAUUCAAACGCAAACCCAAGUCCGAACUCCUGGUCCAAGGCAGCGACGUCCAUCCUCAGCACGCUCAUCCACAACAUCGCGCGCUCGACCCCGGCCGGCAUCUCGCCUUCCUCCUAUGGUGACGAUGUCUCCACCAGUACGACCACCCUGUCUACGGGCGCCAUGAUUGGCAUCGCCAUCGCCAGUGCCGUCGUGCUGUUCACGGGCCUCGCGUUCGCGCUGAUCCGGCUGGCGCAGUGGCAGGACCGGCGGCACGCGGCCACAACAGCAACAACGGCGGCCACAACAGAAAUUCCAGUGUCGAGCGUGGUUCCUGCUACUACAAGUACUACUGCUGCUGCUGCUUAUGCGGACGAGGAACGCCCUCUUGCUCAUGCUCACGGGCAGCAGGGGAGGGACUCGGAGUCGGGACUUAUAGGAGGAGGAGGGAGCGAUGGGCGAGCAGGAGGAGGGAGCGAUGGGCGAGCAGGAGGAGGAAGGUCUGGGGGAGGAGCAGGAGGAGGCCCGGGUGUAGUGGAAGACGACCAAGGCCACCGGCGCCUGCGUAAAAAGAGCGUAGCAAUCGAGCACAACGCCUUUGACACCACGACGGGGACUGUGUUGCAGGCCGUCGGGAGUACCAGCACCAGCACAAAUCACGGUCACGGUAGCGGUCAGGGUCACGGUUAUGGCCACGACCACGACCAGAACACACACCUACAGGAAAGAGAAAGAGAAAGGGAAAGGGAUAGCGCGAAGCACACCAGCCUGCCCGUCCUCCCGCCCGUGCUCUCGCGGCUCGGCAGUUUCAACCUGAGCGACAGCUUCGCCAGCGCCAACCACGGCCUGGUCUCGCGCUCGGGUUUGGGUUCGGGUUCGGGUUCUGCUUCGAACAACGCUAGGACGAGUACUGAACAGCAGCGGUCCCCUGAUAAGCAGCGCUGCCACCUCCUCGCCGAGAACCGGCGCAAGACGUCGUGGAUCGACGAGGAUGCGCUGCAUGGCCCGCGCGUGUCGUCAUCGUCGUCGUCGUCGGCGUCGCCGCACAAGAGACGGUCGCGCAGGCGGAAGCCGAGCUUGGGUCUCGGGAUGGGCAUGGGCGUGGGAGGGAUCCGGCGCUCGCUGAGCCGCCGCCUGUCGCUGCGCAGCCGGGGCGGCACAAGCGAGCUACUAGCCGGCAGCCCGACGCUGCCGUGCACGGAGACGGGGCGCGGCCGCGGGUUUGAGCAGCUCGGGAUCGACUUAUUCGACUUCGAGUUCCACGAGGACGGGGGCGCGGCGGUGGUGGGCCGGACGCCGGCGACGCGGCCGAGCUACGACGGCGGGAGGCGCGCGCACAGCUACCAGGGCGAGAUCGUCGAGAUGGUGAUGAGCCCGCAGCCGCAGCCAAGGCCGCCGCUGCACCAGUACCAGAUCCCAGCAGGCAGUCUUAGUGUUAGUACGGGCAGUCCACGGAAGGCGUAUAAUUUUACGGGUGAGGCGGACGGGCAGAACGUGUCGCCGACGCGGGUGGUACAGGGGGUACAUCAGCGGAACAACAGCAUUGCGCUCGAUGCGGCGCAGCAGCUGGCGGGCGUGGCACGGGUCCCUCAGCCGGUUGGUCAGAGGCAGCAGCGUCCUAGGUUCAAGCAGAGCAACACGGACGCGGAGCUACAGGCGAUAUUGCGGCGGACGACUGAGAGGCUGCAGGAUGGGGGACGCAGGGGACGGAGCCAGACUAUGAUGUUGCCAGCUACUUCUGCGUCUUUUGGAAAUUUGAUGGGGGAUGAACGGCUGCGAGAUGCGGAGGGAGCAGCCAAGGGAAAUGCCAUGGACAACGGCGGACGCGACAUCACCCCCAGCCGAUCCAAAAGCCAGAAGAGCGCGUCCGUGGCGGUACCCGCGUGUUCGGAACUCGAAGGCUGCAGUCCGCAGCGGCAUAUGAGGACUGAUCCUCACAUUCCGCUGCGGACCUCCUCAGGGAAGAAGUCGCGCCAUGUCAGGGAUGUCUCGCACGCGUCGGCCGUCUCUAUGCUCUCCGAGCCCGACAGCUUCGUGGCACCUAAGAGGGUAUCGCAGCCAGAAGGGGUGAACACCGCACUGUCGAGUCCAAGCCGCGCGAGGCCAUCUCCGGCCCAGCCACUGCAACAACAGCAACAGCGACCAUCGGCAUUGGCAGCGGCACCUGCCCGCCCGUACUCGACCGGUAGUUCGGACUCAUCCGCGCUGUCGACGCUGUACAGCGAGGAGGAAGCGUCGAUGCAGAGCCCACCCGUCAACGAUCCGAAGCUGGACGCGACCCCCAAGCCGACCGACAUGCACAGGAGAUCGCGGACGUGGGCGAUUUCUGUAUACGACGUCUUCGCCGAACCUGCGUCGCACCAGAUAAUGAUGCAAAACACGAAAGCGUAUGAGCUAAGUCCAACGCCCCCAGGCGCGAGUCCCAGUCCUCUGCGCGUCAGGAAGGGUACGAUGGGGCAGAUGACUUUGUCUCAUGCCAUUCCACGACCUCAGCCGCGCCAAGGCCGUAAUGAUGGUGGAAAUUUGCAUAGGCCGUUACCGCCAAAGACCACACUCUCCUUCAACAUCCACGCCAUGGACGCGACGGCAGACGAUGCCUUCACGCCCUCCCCAUCACCGCCGCCGAUUCCCCCACGACACUCGCGCAUCUUGCACCCCCUACCACCAGUCGAGCUACCGGCCGAAGAAAUAAUCCGACCCAAGUCCUCGCCCGCGCACACAUCAUCAUCCCCAGGGAACCCGUACCCCAUCGUGCGCGUGACCAAAGCCUCACCUGGCUCCACCGCCGACUCGCCCACGCCAACACGCAAGAACAAACGACAGACCGUGAUCCCACCGCCGCAGACGCUGCGCGCCAUGGUAAGCUCCCCGACGCUCGGGGCCGCCCAACAACCGCGACAACGCGGCCCCAGCCCCGUGGCAUCCGAUACCGGAAGCGGGCUGUCGUCUCUGUACGACAGCUACGAGUACAACAGCAACGAGGAUGGGAGGAGCAGCAGGAGCGAAAGCGUGUAUCACAGCACGGCGACGCUGGUGACGGUGCCAACGGCCGAGGAGGCGCCUGCGAAGGGUGGUGAAGAAGUGGAAGAGCAGGAGUCUGGACGGUCGUCGCGCUACGAGUUCCGGACUUCGGCUGCGGGUGUAACGCACGCAGAGACUACAAGCACAGUUGUCCUGGCCGCGGCGCCAGACCUCCAGCAGCGCCCGCGGUCGAUGCCUGAGACGCACCACAGGGUCAAUAUCAGCAUAGCCAGUGUCUCGUCGUCUGCAUCUGACGAGUCUAGCUACUCGCAAGACGUGGACACCGUGGGGCAGCUCCGGACCGACGGCACCAAGAACAUGGGUACUAGCACCAACACGGGCAACGUCACCACCACGGUCGCGGAACUGCGCCGCAUGAACAGCCAGAUCAGCAGCGUGAGCGGCUACAGCACCGCGGCCAACACGCCCGAGCUCGGCAACAUGCCGAGCCCCACGCUGCCGGCGAUGCGGGGCGUCGGGUGCAGUCCGGGAAGGCGGAGCGGAGGCGGGAAGAUGUACCUUGCGCUGGGGAGCCCAGGGGGCGCGGGGGGCGAUGUGGAAGGUAGUGCCGAGCGCCGGGCGAAAGGGAGGAGUGUGGGGGGCGAGUUGAAGGGUAACGCCGUGGUAAUGUCUAAUAGUGCAGAGCAGAGCAGUGCCGGAGGCGGUAGUCCCAUACGCAGAGGCGUGAUGAGAAGAUCGCGUAGGGGCACGGUGGGGCCGCGUUUCGAGGAGGAUCUGGACAAGGCUCGGGAGGUGCUGAAGGAGAGGAGUGCCGGUAAUGUCGAUGCGUCGAAGAACGGCUUCGGUCGGGAUGCCGGGGGACCACCGGUGACGCAUGCCUCGAAGCUGAUCCAGGAGGAAGGACGGGCGGGUCUCGAGAGCCUGGGCUUGUAUGACGAGAAGGGGUUUUUGAUGAACUCGCCGCAUACACAGCCCGAGCUGUUGUCGCCCGUUCCGAGACGGUCGUAG